AUGUCUGCCAACAAGCCUGCCACCGCAGCGCUAGCCUUCACGAACGUCUUUGGCCAUGUCCCAUCGAUUGAAAGACUGAUCCAGGACUUCGACUUCACCAAGAUCGAUGUUAAGGACAGCUCCCGACUGGACUAUCUGACUGUCAAGCUGGCGCCGGCAUAUGGUGACCUUAACAAUGAGUCGAUCAAGACGAUUGACGAGCGCCUCAAGGUCAUGAUUGCCGGCGCAGUCAAGACGAUCGACAAAAUCGCACCAACCGAGCGCACUUGGGACCGGGUCGUCGGUGCCAUGAUGCAGUGCCCUCUCAUGGAGCCCGACGGAGAAGCCAUCAAGCGAACGGACAAGCUUAUUAAGUCUGGGAUCAACGUGUUCAAAUUCGACGGAUCUCCCGACAUUGCCAUCGUCAAAGAGGUCUCUAGUUCCCCAACUACCAUUUGCUAA